AUGAGAUUGAAGCUUGAAAACGAUCCCCCUAAUGGAUAUGUUAAUUUGGAUAAAUUUUUGCCACUUAUGCAAGAAAUGUUGGCUGAACGAAGGUUUGUUUUAACCUCAGAAAAGGAGCUCGUCAAAGCAUUUCAAGUUUUAGAUGCGGGUAAGAAAAACUAUGUUGCUGCGGAGGCCUUAGAAAUGGUCUUAACUUCAGAGGGUAAUUUUGGUAUUUUGAUGCAUAAAAGCCUUUUAGGCGAGCCAUUUUCAAAAGAAGAAAUGGAAGAAAUGCUUGCGGCUGCAUUGGAUCCCCAGAAGGGAAUCAUUCUUUAUCAGGAUUAUGCCGCUAUAUUAGCAGGUGAAGAUGACGAACUUGGCUGA